AUGGCGCACCACGGCCACCACCAUCACCACCAUGCUGCCCCGCCGGCGGAAUACCCAAAGGAAAACCACGGGCCGGGCGCGAAGUGGAUCAAGCACCUCACCCAGAACAGGCUGGGCACGUUCAACGGCGGGCACUUCAGCGACGUGAACCUGAGCUCGGUCCUCUACCACCACCGGAUCGACAACAAGGAGAACGUGAAGCUCGAGGUGUGGAGCGCGCCGGGGCUCGAGAAGCCGCUGUUCGCGGAGGCCAUGAAGCAGAAGUUCAAGUCGGCGAAGAAGGGGGACUCGUUUGGGCCGUCUUGUGAGGGUACGUGCGGCGACGGGAUGAGAGAGAAAGAGACGGAGAGGAACGCUGACGAGGAAUCGCAGACGAACCACUGGUGGAAGGUCUCGCUCACCAUUCCCGCGUACUGGGAGCAGUAUGAGCGCGUUCAGUUCGAAUUCGAUCCCGACUGCGAGGCCAUGAUCUUCACGACCGACGGCACGCCGCUCCAGGGCAUCACUGGCGGAUACGGCGGCGACCGUCGCGUGGAGCACAUCAUCCCCCGCAGCGCCGUCAAGGCAGGCAAGUACGAGCUCGUCAUCGAGUCCAGCUGCAACGGCAUGUUCGGCGUCCCGUGGAACGGCGACACGAUCGCCCCGCCCGAUAUGAACCGGUACUUUGGCCUGCGCUCCGCGGACCUCGUCGUGCCGAACAUGACGGCGUGGCACCUGAUGUGGGACUUCCAGACCCUGCGCGAGCUCGCGGACUCGAUCCCGGGCAACACCGCGCUCCAGAACAAGGCGAUCGUGACCGCGAACGAGAUCAUGAACGUGUUCGACCGUGGGGACGUGGAGAGCAUCGCGCACGGGCGCAAGCUUGCAGAGGACGUUUUCGGCGAGGCGUGGGCGGCGAAGGGCGCGGGGAUCUACGAGGAGGGCGCGGAGAAGGCGCAGGUGUGGGGGAUCGGGCAUUGCCACAUUGAUACGGCUUGGCUUUGGCCGUACCAUGUUACCCAGCAGAAGACGGCGCGCUCGUGGUCAACCCAGGUCGAUCUUAUGGAACGCUUCCCUGAGCACCGCUUCACCUGCAGUCAGGCGCAGCAGUUCAAGUGGCUCGAGCAGCAAUACCCUCCGCUUUUCAAGCGCAUCAAGGACAAGGUCGCUGAAGGCAAAUUCCACGUCGUCGGUGGCUCGUGGGUCGAGAACGACUCGAACAUGCCUUCCGGUGAGGCUCUUGCGCGCCAGUUCAUCUUCGGCCAGCGUUACUUCGAGUCCCGCUUCGGCAUCCGCUGCAACACGGCCUGGCUACCUGACUCGUUUGGCCUCACCGGCGCGCUGCCGCAACUCAUCCGGCUCGCGGACAUGGACUACUUCUUCACACAGAAGCUGUCAUGGAACAACAUCAACAACUUCCCGCACUCCACGUUCAAUUGGGUUGGCAUUGACGGCACGCAGGUUCUCUGCCAUAUGACCCCUGUCGACACCUACACGGCGCAGGCCACGGUUGGCGACGUCAACAAGGGCGUAACCAACCACAAGAACCUUGAGUCCUCCGGAACCUCCCUCCUUGUCUUCGGUAACGGAGAUGGCGGAGGCGGUCCCCUCGAGAAGAUGCUUGAGAACCUCCGCCGUAUCCGCGCAGCGUCGAACCACUCGCGCGACCUCCCGCCCGUGCUCAUGGGCCGCUCGGUGGACGAGUUCUUUGACGUGCUCGCGGCCGAUUCGAAGGCCGGUUCUACAUUGCCCAACUGGAGCGGCGAGCUUUACCUCGAGUUCCACCGUGGAACGUACACCUCGCACGGUUCGAUCAAGAAGGGCAACAGGAAGUCCGAGAUUCUCCUCCGCGACGUCGAGAUUAUCUCCACGUUCGCGAGCUUGUUCAAGUUCCACAAGAAGGACUAUGUAUAUCCAAACCAGCGGAUCAACGACUGCUGGGAAAAGGUCCUGCUGAACCAAUUCCACGAUGUCCUCCCGGGCUCUGCAAUCGGCAUGGUCUACAAUGAUGCUGAAAAGCUCUACGCUGAGGUUCGGGAAGAGGGCGAGACCCUCAUUGAGGAGGCCUUUGCGACCAUCUUCCCCUCGUCGGUCGCCCUCGCCGAUCCGUCCAUCAAAUCGAAAAAGAACGGCACGCUCGUUGGCUACAAUACCACCUUCUUCCCUCGCCGGGACAUCAUCGAGGUUCCGCUCUCGGGCGGCGCUUCGCGUCUCCGCUCCCAGGUCGUGCAGGCAGCGAAGGACGGCUCGGUUGGAUACGCGCUCAUGGACUGCGCUAACGGCGGCGGCGUCUCGUACGGCACUGGCAUGUACGCUGACUGCAAGCCUGUUUCCGUAACUCGCGUCGGGACCGACCAAUUCAUCCUCCGGAAUGCCAGUGUCCAACUCACCAUCGCGGACGGCCGGAUCACCAGCCUCUACGACGUGGCUCUCGAGCGCGAGCUCAUUCCGACCGGCGAGACUGGUGGGCUGAUCAUCUUCGAUGACAGGCCGAACUACUGGGACGCUUGGGACGUCGAAAUCCACCAUCUCGAGAAGUACAAGAAACUCAAGUUUGAGAGCAUCACCAUCGCUUCCGAGGGUCCGCUCCGCGUGUCGCUCAAGGCCGAGGUCAAGUAUGGUCAGAGCUCCAUCAAUGUCAUGAUCUCGCUGGAUGCCAUCGGAGCCUCUAUGAAGAAGAACUCCCGCUCGUUCUUCCGAUUCGACGCGCAGGUCGACUGGCACCAGCGCCAUGAGUUCCUCAAGUUCGAGCUCCCGCUGAACAUCAAGAACGAUUACGCGACGUACGAGACUCAGUUUGGGCACGUGCAGCGCUCGACGCACAAGAAUACUACCUGGGACAUGGCUAAAUUCGAGGUCUGCGGCCACAAGGCUGGGCUCAUCUAUCAGUACGCGGAUCUCAGCGAAUACGGGUACGGUGUCGCCAUCCUUUCCGAGUCCAAGUAUGGCUUCUCGUGCCGCGGCAACGUGCUCCGCAUCUCGCUUCUGCGCGCGGCCACCGCUCCCGACGCCGAACAAGAUCAAGGCAAGCACGAGUUCUCGUGGGCAGUGCUGCCCCACCAGGGCUCGUUCCUCGAGUCCGACGUGCCGAUCGCCGCGAUCUUGUUCAACUCGCCGCUGCACGUGCGCCUCGUCGAGGACACCGCCGCUGCGCCGCUGCUGAAGACGAAGCCCGCGUUCGUCGUCGAGGGCGCGCCGAACAUCUUCCUCGAGACCGUCAAGCGCGGGCUCGACGACGACUUCUCCGCCACGGGAUCAGACGGGCAGACGAUCGUGCUCCGGCUGUACGAGGCCUUCGGCGGGCACGGGACCGUGAAGCUCAGGAUCGCGGCGCACCUGCCGGUCGUGAAGGUGCUCGAGACGAACCUGCUCGAGGACGAGCUGAAGGAGCACGCGGCGUACCAGACCGCAGACGCGGACGCGGCAGUCAAACUGAGCUUCCACGGGUUUGAAGUAAAGACGAUCAAGCUGCUCUUGGGCAAGCAGAGUGCCGUGCCGAAGCGGGAGAGCUGGGUGACCGUCGACAGCCCCGGCUUUUGA